AUGAAGACCGCCGUUUUCCUCGGACUUGCCCUUCUUGCUGUCGUCGCGUUCGCCGCCGAUGAGAAGAAAAUCGACAAACUUCAAAUCGGAAUCAAGAAACGAGCUGAAGAAUGCGAGAUGAAAUCGAAGAAGGGAGACAUUCUGCACAUGCAUUACACUGGAACCCUCCUUGAUGGCACCGAGUUCGAUUCAAGCCGCUCUAGAAAUCAGGAGUUCACGUUCACCCUUGGACAGGGAAUGGUGAUCAAAGGAUGGGACCAGGGCUUGCUCAACAUGUGUGUUGGUGAACGCAGAAUUCUCACCAUUCCACCACAUCUCGGAUAUGGCGAGCGCGGAGCUCCACCAAAGAUUCCAGCCAAUGCUGUUCUGAAGUUCGACGUCGAGCUCAUGAAGAUUGACCGCAACCCAGAUGAGCUCUAA